AUGCAAAGGGCUUUCGUCUCUGCACAUACUUGGUUGCUGACGUGCCGUGCCACCGCCUGCCACGUGGCUCUGGAGAACUCUAAGCUCGCCUCAGGAUCCGUCCUCCCUCGCCCUGUGGUGGCGAUUUCAACGUUCUACGUUCCGUGUACGUCCCGAUCUGGACAAACCCUAAAGUCCAGCGAUUCCAUGGAGUCUGUCAUCGAACUCGCUUAUGAAGGUCUCUACAUGUUGCGCAUUGAGCUUGUUUUCCUCGUUGUCUUCGGCUUGCUUUGGGUUGCUGGCCGGGUCUUCGGCACAGCGAAGCGGACACAGCCCGGAAACCCUAAGGGCAGUGGCCGCAAAGCUGGCCCAGCAAGCACCCAACGCCGUCCUGGCCUCACCCAGCGACGCCCCGGCUCUGGCGAUGAGAACCUGAGCCCGAACUUGCCUAUCUCGGCCGUGGACCCCAAGAAGCUGCAGAACGCUUCCUGGGUGGUGACGCAGGUGACCCAACUUUGCCGCUCUCAGGUGCAGAAAGCGCUGGAGCUCUACCGCGCUGCGCUCCGGGCUGGCCUCAACUUGGAGGAGAUGUUGGCUGAGGAGAGCCAGCAGCUUUCCACAGGCCUUGUCACAGCUGCCAUCCGAGUGGGCCAGGCUGAGGACGCUCUGGGCGUCAUGAAGGACCUGCGCCGCGUCGGCCUCUCCACAGACCCUGCGUUGUUGGCCUCUGCUACAAAGCAGCUCGCACGCAAAGGGCUCUUUGCUGACUGCCUCGCCAUCUACGACUUUGCCUCGCAAGAUCCCAAGCUCACCAUUCAGGACAAGAGCGUUUGGAGCUGCCUUCUUUUCUGCGCCGUGGAGACCAAAGGCUAUGGCCGCUGCGCCUACUUCUUCGAGCGGCUCAAAGCUUGCGGCGCGCCCUCACCAAAAGACUUCGGCAACAUGGUGCGUUUUGCAUCUAGCACUGGCAACUGGCGCCUGGCAUUGAGCUUGAUUGACGAGAUGCACAAGGCCAAAGUCGAGGUGGACAGUGUCGUGUACAACACCGUUCUUGCUGCCUGCGUUAGCGCUGAGCAGCUGGAUCAGGCUCGACAGCUGCUGGAUGACAUGGUGGAGGCUGGUGGCGUUACAGACGUCAUCACCUACAACACUCUGGCAAAGGGCUAUGCCAAAGCGGGAUGCAUGGACACCUGCUUCGAGUUGUACAAUCUCAUGCGCUCGCGCGGCCUGACCCCGUCGCAAGUUACAUAUGGCAUUUUGCUGGAUGGCUUCAUCAAUGACAAUGAGGUCGAAAAGGCCGUGGAGAUUUUCAACACAAUGCGCGCUGAAGGGUGCCAAAUGAACACAGUGCUCUACACAACCUUGAUCAAGGGCUUUGCUCGUGCUGGACAAGUGGACCAAGCAGUUAAGAUCUACGAAGAGAUGCAGAAGGAGAGAUCCAUGCAGCCCGACGUCAUCACCUUCUCCAUCCUCAUCAAGGCAAACUGCGACGUGGGCAGGCUGGAGGAGGCCCUGAAGAUGCUUCUGGCCAUGAAGGAGGCCGGGCUCAAGCCCGACGAGGUGGUUUUUAACAACCUCCUCGGCGGCUGCAUCAACGACUGCAAGAUUGACUUAGCCAAGGACCUCUACAAGGAGAUGCUGGCCUCCAGUGUUAAGCCUUCAGUGGCCACUUUCUCCAUCCUCAUCCGCCUCUACGCCCAAUGCAAACGUUGGGAUGAAGCUGUUGACCUUCUUCGCCAGGAACUUCCAGCUCAGCGGGUGGUGCCAGAGCCAAGGCUGUACGGUCAGUUGGCGCAGUGCUGCCUCCGCGACCGACAGGGCCGGCGUGCGACCGAGGUCUACAAGAUGCUCACAGAUCAUUCCACGCCCACUGCCGCGAUGAACAGCACGCUUCUCGGCAUGUGUGCCAAGCUCAACAUGCUGGACACAGGUGCGGAGAUCAUGCACUUGGCAGCCAAUGCAGCUUCCCGCGUCGACCCAAGAGAUGCAGCGAUGAUGCUUGAGGCCGCCCUUCGCAAGAAGAAGCCGCAAGUAAUGGACACUCUGAAGGAUGCCAUGAUCAAGUUGAAGCUUCCGGUUCACGCAUAA